AUAUUGCCUGUCUCCCUGUGUAAUGAUAAUUGCCCUUCAGGUUACCGAAAGACCCCAAAAGAAGGAGAACCAUUUUGUUGCUAUGAUUGCAUUCCAUGUCCGCAAGGAAAGAUCACAAAUCAGACAGAUAUGGACCAAUGCUUUCAGUGUCCAGAAGAUCAGUAUCCAAACAAUAAGCAGAAUUUCUGUCUUCUCAAAUACAUAACUUACCUCUCUUAUGAAGAAAACUUAGGAAGCAGCUUGAUGACAGUGGCCGCUAUUCUUUCUUUUGCCACAAUUUCUAUACUGGGAGUAUUCCUGAAGUAUCACAACACUCCUAUCAUUAAGGCCAACAACCGCAGCCUCUCCUACACCCUCCUCCUCUCCCUCCUCCUCUCCUUCCUUUGCCCUCUGCUUUUCAUUGGCAGACCCAUGACAGUGACCUGUCUCCUUCGACAGACUGCUUUUGGGAUCAUCUUCUCAAUGGCUGUUUCUUGUAUAUUGGCCAAAACCAUCACUGUGGUUCUUGCUUUCAUGGCCACCAAGCCAGGAUCAAAGAUGAGGACAUGGGUUGGGAAAAGACUGGCCCUUUCCAUUGUUCUCUCCUGCUCCCUCAUUCAAACCCUUCUUUGUACUGUGUGGUUAGCAACCUCACCCCCUUUCCCAGAUGUUGAUAUCCACUCCUUUGUUUCUGAAAUUGUAAUGGAAUGCAAUGAAGGCUCGGUUUUUAUGUUUUAUAGUGUCUUGUCUUUUAUGGGUUUCUUGGCUAUGUUCAGUUUUAUUGUAGCUUUCUUAUCUAGGAAACUACCAGACACUUUUCAGGAAACCAAGUCUAUUACCUUCAGCAUGCUUGUUUUUUGCAGUGUUUGGUUGUCCUUUAUCCCUGCCUAUGUGAGCAGCAAAGGGAAAUACAUAGUGGCUGUGGAGAUCUUCUCCCUCUUGGCCUCCAGUGCUGGGCUCCUGACUUGUGUCUUUUUUCCCAAAUGCUACAUCAUCAUUGUGAGGCCUGAUCUGAAUAAAAGAGAGCAUCUGAUAAAGAGAAUUAUUUAA